UUUCAGGUUAGCUUGAGUGGGUCUUGUGAUGACAGCAUACCAGGACCGUUGGUGAAGGCAGUCAGAGCCAUUGAUAGCUUUUAAGGUCAAACAGAGAUCAGCUCUGGAGCUAAGAGGAAUCUAAAAUAACAAUCUGAAAAGCAAGCCAGUCUUAGCUCAAGUUACGACUCUGCUGCAGCUUUUGAAUCAAAGAGCCAGUCCAUCAGUCUGAGAGCGAAACACCGCAGUAGUCCAAUUAAGUCACUCAGUAUGUCUGUUGUCUUCUCUGCAGGCAUCACUGAUUACCUCCACCAUCCCUGCCCACCAGGGUUCUGGUGUAGUGGAUCCGGAAGUCCCAUUCUGUGUCCACCAGGUACCAUGAGGCCUGCACCAGGAGGAGCCACCGAAAGUGACUGCACCCCUUGUGCUGCUGGAUUUUAUUGUCCGGAUCCAACCGGAACUGGCCAGCCAAACCUAUAUGGGUUGCCCUGCCAAGCUUCCAAAGAGUGCCCACCAGGUUCGGUCUCUGAAGUAACUUGCAGGGCUGGAUUUUACUGCGGCCCUCAGACUGGAUAUCCAGAGCCUUGUCCAGCUGGCUACUUCUGUCCAGCAGGAUCGGAAUCCUAUGACAGUGGGCCCCAAAGGUGUGUUUUCCCAUUCUACUGUCCUUCCAACAGUACACAGAUGUCUCCUUGUCCUGGGGGGUUCCACCCGGUCAAUGUAAGUGGUUUACGUGACUCAGUAGAGAAGAGCUGCAUGAUAUGUGAUUUUGGGACCUAUCGGCUGGGUUUACCAGAAGAAACUGAGUGCCAGGCAUGCCCAACUCGUUACUUCUGCCCAUCAGGUACACAGAACUAUCUUCUGAAUCCAUGCCCCAAUGGACAUUACUGCCCCCUUAGUUCUGGUGUGCCAGUGCCAUGUCUACCUGGUUCCUAUGGCAACAGCACAAGAGCCAGCAGUCAAGAGGACUGCAAUCCAUGCCCUGCUGAUACCUUUAACCACCUGUUUGCUCAGGAGGCCUGCUUCCAGUGUGGCAGCUUCUCCUUUUCACUUCCUGGUGCCAUUUCCUGCAUGUGCAAUGGUUUGAAUCGUGCCUUUCAGCCAUCAGAUGGCACCUGUAUCUGUAGGACUGGCUUCGUUUACUAUGACGAGCUCGGCCAGAAGAGUUCAACAGGAAACAGCGACGCAGACUGUCAGCCAGAGCUGAGUGAGCGAUGUGCAUCUGGAGAAGUGAGGCUGGCCCACUCCAGGAGGUGCGUUCUUCCUGCAGUCCACCAGUGUGCAUCUGCCUGUGGUGGCCGAGGUGGAAGGCUUGAUGCAGACCUGGGCAUUUGCCAUUGCCAAGAGUACACCUCAUCUGAAGAGGUCUGUGGCACCACUUGUCAAGCACAGAUGCCCAAGAUCAUUGCCAGUGUCACUCCCGAUGGACCACUUCAAGUGAGCCUCAUGGACCAAGAGUCAGGAAUUAUUAAGAAAUUGCGUAUUGCUGACGUCUUGGGCCCUGAAGGACCUUCCGAGAACCCCAGAGAAGCCCACUUCAUUCUGUUUCAGCCAGCAGGGGUCUAUGGGCUGAUCCUUCUAGCCAACAGGGAGAUUGAAGAUGUCCUGUCAGAGAUGGACCCUGCUUUGAAUAUUGAAAGGGGACGUAGCUCCUACAAAGAUACCCUUCCUGUCAUUUCUAACCCCGUGAUAUGUGUGAGGCCGCAGACCAUGCUUAUCUUUCACAUUAGCAUUGACCCCAUGAGUGAGUAUUGUUGGCCUCUCCACCUUUAUCUGCUGUGCAAGACUACCUGAAUAUCCAGAGAAGACGCAUUCAGCUCUGCCUGGGCUCUUAUGUAACUUUGAUGUUAUUGAACUGUAAACCACAAGGCAGCAGUGGUAGGCAGUACAUCCUCGGAUUUGAUUAAAGGAGUUUGGUCUUCACCACUGAUUCCUUGUGUGAUCCCGAGCGAGGGGCUCCAGUAUUAGGAAUAUAAAGACGAUUACAAUAUUGAAGUUUUGAGGCUGUACAAAUACGCAAUGGGCUUCCUUAAUGGCAAGAACGGAGUUUGGGGGUGGCAAG